ACAGCACCAGCUGUUUUUGAAGUUUGAAUAGUUUGGUUCUGGUUCUGUGUUUGGUUCAUAGGUUUGGUUUGGAAUUUGGAAUAAAUACUAAUAAAUAUAACGUGAAUACAGACGCUUAUCGUCAGUUAUCGUUUAUUUUUGUGCAAAUAUGCCUGACUGUAGUGAAUAUUACCAAACAGAAAUUAGUGAAGGAAGAAACAAACGUGUGAUAAAAUGUAAAUUUUGUUCUUCAGUUAUUUUAACACCUUCUAGUGCUUCAUUUACAAGAUUAGAGGUUAGAAAAUAUAUAUGUCUUAAUUUGAUUAUUUUUCAUGUAACAAUGUAUGAACCUGUUAUUAUUAUAUAUAAAUUACCUCAUAUUAGACAAACAAAAGGUAGUGAGUCAGAUCCAGAAACAGAAGACAUAAUACAUUUUUGGGCUGUGGAAGAUAUGAUGACGUUUUACAAUGUAGGAUUUUCAAAUACAGUGGGAAAUACAAAAUAUCUUACAUGUGCAGAUUGCGAAGCUGGUCCUAUUGGAUAUCACGAUAUUCCCAGCAAAAUGAGUUAUGUGGCAUUAUCAAGAGUAUUACAUUCAAAUUCAACUGAAAAGAAUUGAUUUUGCAGAUUUGUAUCUUAUUUAGUAAUUUAAUAGAUAUUAAGCUUUUAUUAAGCAUGCACUUGUUAAUAUAUGAAUAUUUAGUAAUUCCUUUC